UGUACGAUUCAGUUAGCGUUAACCAAAUAAAUAUAUUUCACAACUUCGCUGAAAAAAUAAAUUGUUUAUGCAAUAAAUAAAAACACCGGCGCAACAAUUUCUUUCUCGAUUACAAUUUUAAAUAACUUCUCAGAUAAGUUAAAAUGUAUUCAUUAAAAUAUUUAAUUAGUGUGUGUGCAUUAGUGUUGUGCUAUUUACAAAAUACAAAUGCUGCUAAUGAAGCUUACGAAAUUGAAAAAAUAUUUGCUGCAUGUAAAAAGUCAUCUCCAGAAUUCGAUGGCUGCGUAAAACGAGCUUUCAACAAAGUACGGCCUUUUUUUAAAGUAGGCAUACCAGACAUGGGCGUGGCGCCUUUCGAUCCACAUUUCGCCAAAGAGAUCAAGCAAUCACGUGCCAUUAGAGGCAUCGGCUAUACACUCACCCUGAACAAUGUCUUCGAAAGAGGAUGGGCACAGUCCACUGUCACCAAAUACAAAACCGACUGGGAAAAUCAGCGUAUAAUCUACUCCCAAUACUUCCCUGAGAAAUGGCUGAAUGGGGACUACGAAUUUAAGGGCGACGCGUUCGGCCUAGGUGUGCUGCGCUCCGGUCACUGGAACCUCACACUGCGCGACUACUCGCAGACGACGCGCAUCAAACGCAACGGCACCGGCGUCGACGUGCACGUAGAGGUCGACCACAUCGGCGACAUGGAGAUACACGUCGGAAACCUUCUCAGAGGCAAUGGGAUUUUAGAGCGCAUGCUGGACCGCAUGAUCAACGCCACAUGGAAGCCAGGUUUCGCCGUCAUCAGGCCGCUCAUCAAUGACCUCGUCAGCACCGCCUUUACAGACAUUUGGAGCAAAUCCUUUAGAAAUUUCCCUAUCCAGUACUUCAUUAAGGACUGAUUCUGAAUCAUCUAGGUUGUAAUAAUCGUUAUUCGAAUAAGUCUUAGGUUAAUAUAGAUUAAAAUUAUAUGAUACUAUUGUUGUUAAGCUCAAAUAUGUGCCAGUUAUCUUUGUAAAUAUAUACGUUUACGUCCAUACCUCUUAUAUAUAGAGUGGAAGAGAACAAAAAAAAAUGAUUAACAAAAAAUAUGCAUUCAAACUAAAGAAAAUAAACACUUGUAAAACAUUCCUUCCACUCUGUACACAUAGCAUUGUAAGUGACAUUAUAAUAUUUCAAAAUUUAGAUUUUAGAUAAUCAUACCUCUAAUGAUUAGUAAGUAAAUUGUUGUGUUGUUUUAUGUGAUGUAAUAAAAUAAACUAGUCAUUUCAUAUUUUGGAAAUAAUAAUUUCAUAUAUUGCA